GACCCCCAAACCAAUGCCGAAUUCUUGGCUGUCUCAAGAACAAAGUCGCAUUAAGGUUGUGGAUGCCUUGAAGGAAACCCUCCAGAAAAGACUGAAUGAUUCUCCUGACUUGGAUGUGGAGAAAAAGACAGCAUCAAAAAUAGCAAAGAAAGUGGAGAAGGAGAUAUUCAAACGCUUUGGCCGUGUGGACCGGCUUUACAAAACCAAGUAUCGCACCCUGCUCUUCAACCUGAAAUCAACGGACAACCAGCUCUUCCACAAGUUGAUGCUUGGAAAGAUCGCUCCGAAGAGACUAGUUCAAAUGAGCUCCUUAGAAAUGGCCCCCAAGGAACUAGCAGAAUGGAGAGCCAAGAAGAAUAAGCACCUACUGGAGAUGAUAGAGAAGGAGGAGCGAGAAGUGCCAAGGCGUUGCUCUGAAAAAUUCACCCACAAAGGAAUUGUGGAGAUAUACAGAGAAGCAGACAUGGAUUUGGUAUCUGAAGAAUUAAUUGAAUCGUCGCUACGCAAGGAGGGGAACUCUUAUGGUGAGGCACCAUCAUCAGUUGUGGGCAACCAAAGAGGAGAGUUGGCUGCUGACAGCAAGAAAGGAUUUGAGCCACCUACAUAUACAUGUACUUUUAAGCAGAAGGUCAACACCUCUAAAAUUUUGCAUCAAAACAUCACAUACUCGGAAGACGACAGGAGACCUCUGGAUGACGACAGGCCUGCUGUUGCUAGCACUCCAAACCGAAAGCGACAGGUGAGAAAGCAGUCCAGCCGCUCAGUCAUCUGGAACGGGCUUAUCCAGAUGUUCAGCGUGAAGCAGUUUGUGGCCAAAGCGUAUCCUGUUUCUGGUUAUGGCUGUCAGCUCUGUCAGGCUUUACCAGCAAUCCUUCAGUCAAAGGGAUGUAUUCUCCCCGAGGAUGUCUGGACUUAUGUAGACAGCAUAUGGCCAGAAAACAGAAAGGGAAUGGGGGUGAUACGAUUCCACCCCAGCUUGCCCAAAGAUGUUGGCCCUUACCACACACUGUACACCUACCUGAACAACAGACAGAGAUAUGGCAUUGUGGAAAGCAGCCAGGUGGAAAUAUUCCUGGUGCCAUUACCAGCCAACCAACUGGUGCCUUCCCAACUCCACCCAGUAGGUGGACCAGGGCUGGAUCGAUGCCACCCAUCUUUGUUAUUAGGGCUGAUUUUGCCCAGAAGAACUUGUCUAGACACUUUGAAGACAAGUCAUGAUCUUCUACCAAAAGCCAAGAGGAAGAGAGUCACUUCUAAGGACGGCACAGAAACUGUCCCUUCACAUUUACAGGUAGAUGUUGAUCAGGAACAGACACCACAGCAUCUGUCCAAAGAAGGACUUUACUCUGGGGAAGGUCUGACAAACCUUCCGAAGCAAGAGGGGCUCACAGUUGAUACUCUUCUUGGCCUCAUAGAACAGUUCAAAAGAGAUAUAAUUUAUAGAGUGCCUUCCUCUUCCUGCUACCAAGAUGCAAGAGAUGAAGUCAAUCAACCUUCUUUGGGUGAUACUUUCCAUUCAGCAACAGGUUCUGCUUCAACUGGAGAACAAUUGGACAAUUUGACUCUGGAAAUUUUGGGAGCACAGCCAUGUAAGAGUGGGGAAGAGGUACAGUUUUGCAUUGAUCCUUAUCCAUCAGAUUUCUGUAGCAUGCUUGGACUUCUUUCACCUUCUGAGGUUUUAUGUCCAGAUCAACAUGGAACUCAUGCACACGGAGCCCAAGGGAUAAACACUUUUGAAGACCUACUUUUACCGAAUGUCCUUUGUGCUGAAGCUGUGGCACCUUUUGAAGAGUGUCAGGUUCAACUUUCACCCCAGAUUCCUUGCACCAACACUAUUGGAGAACAUAACUCAUCUGUGCAGGAAACGUUAUCUCUCAUCCAGCAUGUGACACAGCUGCAGUCCAACACUCAAAAUCAGGAACCUCAACCAUUUAAUCUUCUUACACAGGAAAUAGCCUCUGCGUUGUCUCAGAUUCCAGCAGGAAUAGAGUUGUUUCCAGUUCAGCAAGAUGAUGCUACAUAUGACCAACUUGAGAUUCUCUCGUCUACUUUCAAGGGAUAGCUACGGCCCUUUCUAGAGUUGUGGUCUUAACAGAGAGUUCUUGCAAGAAACAAAAUGUGCUCAAAUAAUGUAAUCAUUGGGGAAAAUAGUUCAGCAUUAUCUGAGAAGACUUCACACCAUUUUCAAGAGCUGCGUAUUAUGUAAUACAUCUGACCUUAGACUGAAUGAGCUGGGGAGAGGAAUCUCCUGUCAGAAUUAAUCCUGAGCAGUUUACAAAGGUCCAGUAAAACCAAAGAGAAAUGACGGAUAAGCAUGGAGGUUGCUCAUGUGCCAGUUGCCCUCCCUCAAAACAUAUGGUACCCUAAAAUGGCCUGGAGUUUAGGAGGUGGAUCACUUUAUACUUGCUAUUUUUUUUUUUAAUGUUUGUUACUCCUAUGAUAUUCAUCUUUUGAUCUGGACUUGGGAUGUGCUUGGGGUGAACUGCACAUCAGGAGCACAGAUACUGGUUUUGCAGGCUCUCGAGAGGUGAUUUCAGUGAAAGACCCCCAAGAAAGGCAAGGCAAGGACAAUUUUGCUAGGAUGCUCCAGCUGGCUCCAAAUCUGGAGAAGGGGUCCAGCUACCCUCACCCCUUGAUACAGUGAGGCAGAUGUUGACUGCCUAGCCCAGUGAUUGCCAGCUCACUAGUGGUGAGGGGCUUGGAAGGGGGUCUUAGGGUGAAGGCAGACGUGAUGGUGGCAGUUUGAAGCAGCAAAAUAGGGACAGUUCAGGUUUGAGAGCAAAAGAGGUGGGAAUAGGGGUGGAAUAAGCUGCAGGUGAAGGAGGUUUUAUUACUGUCUUGCCUGCUUCCAUAUUUAUUCCUUAUAGUUCUCAGAGACUUGGGUAGAUUUAGGUUUAAAUUGUGGGGUUUAUCGGGUGGGGAGGUUCAUUUAGAUACUGGAAAUUGCCUGGAUCCUAGUAUGCCCAUCUCAUACCGUGGUUGCAACAACCCUUCGCUCAUUGGCUCACCAGCAGCCAUUGUCAGCUCAAGACUUAAAAUGAGCAUCCUCCAUGGUGGUAACGGAAAUGGGCAUUUGGUAACAUCCUGAGCAGAGAAAGAGUCCGAUUGUUUCACUGCUGUGGUGUUAUAUGCUGAUGACUUGAAUAAGCAUGUGGGCAAGAGGCAGAUUCCCUCAGGAAAAUGAGAAUUCCAUUGGGGUUGGAGUUGUUGUCUGAACAGAAGACACAACUCUGCCUAACAUUUAUUUUCAUGCUAAGAAAGCAUU